AGGGAUAUAUUUGCAUUUACCACAAGUUCUCCCCAGGUUGUUCACUACUAAGGGGGAUAUGCCCUCUUUUAAUGGAAAAGGGAGUGUUUUUCGCUCCAGGGAUUUGCCCAUUUUCUCAAUCCAAAACCAUGCUUGCUCUCCUGCAUUAAAAUAUAUAUCUCAUCUUAUCUUUAGCAAAGUUUUUUGAAUUACGAACGGUGAAUCUCAAAUGGCUCCCGUUACAAGGAGUGCGCUGCAUCGCUCUGCAGAUGAAAAAUCUUCUAGCACCAGAAGAGGGAAGAAAGUGUUGCCAGUUGCACAACCUUCAAACAAUGGGCGAGGGAGAAAGCGCUCUGUUGUUACGAAAUCUUCAAGCGUCGGGCAAGGGAAGAAGUGUUACUUCGCUGAUAUGGAGAUGGAUAAGUGCUGGUGGAUCGAACGCAGUCCAGUUUGGAAGAAAUUUAAAACUACAGUAAAGGAGAUUCAAAAAAGUGGCAAAGACAUGUAUGGAACAUUCCAUAAAAUGUUCGUCCAGUUUCAUUACUACAAUGAGUGGACUAAUGAUGCCUCUUUCGUGAAAGCGGUGAGUGAGCGUUUUCCAGAAUAUCCACAAUUUGUUGAGGCCUUAUCUGAGCUGUUGAAAGCUUACCCAAAGUUGACACCAAAUACUUCUCCACAGUCUGCAGGCUUCUAGCUUAAGAGUGUGUUUGCUGCCCCUAACGGUGUUGUGAAAUAUAUUUGUUUCACCAAUGAAUUUUCCUUAAUUAUUUCUUAAGUUCCCAUACAAGUAUUAAUAAAAAAGAUGUUAGAGGAUACAUGUAUCCUUUUUUUUUUAAUAAUUCUAUCAAUUCAGGAUUUAAAAGAUAGAUGCACUAUCAAGUCAUUUGACCGUGUUUUGCCGGUUUUGAAUGUGAACUCC